CCCAAAUCCGACCACGGACGAAGACGGAGACACCGGAGCAAAAUCCUAACGGUAAAUAGUUACCUUGGCGAAGAAAUGGGAUAAUUAUGUCGGAGUUUGCAUAGCGUGGUCGAAGUUUAUCGAAACAUGAGACGUCAGUCGUGGAAUUCACGUGUGUUUAGUGAAUAUCUCAUUUAGUCGAGGUGGAUUAGGCUCCCAGUGCAGCCCGAAUUUGUCAUAAUGUCUAUCUGUUAGGGAGAGGGACAAGGCCAAUACCGCUGCGUUCGGAGUUUAAGGUGGAGGAGCAGCGGCCCAGUGCAGCCCGAUUUUGUCAUAAUGUGUAUCUGUUAGGGAGAGGGACAAGGCCAAUACCGUUGCUUUCGGAGUUUAAGGUGGAGGAGAAGCAGGCCGGAGUAAUUGGGCUGAGUUGGAUUACUAAUCGAACAAGGUCUUCAUGGUGUGCCCAUUGGAGAUGUAGGCCAAGACUGGUCUGGGAUCUGAAGAUCAUUAUAUCAAGAGGGAGUUCUGUUGGGACUCGAUCGAAAUGUGAUUAAGGAAGGACUCCUCCGCCGUGAAGGACAUUUACCUCUAACAUUUCCGCUGUCAUGAGAGAUUGUUGACGGAUAUUUCAUGAAAUAAACUCAGUCAGUGUUGCCGUCCAUCAGUGAGUGAAGUUCAGAUUGACCGCUUCCGGAAGCAACAUGACAUAUCUUCUCAUGCGAUGUAUACAUGUACAUAACUGCCUGUAGGAAAGGACAGUUCGGAUAAGCUUUUCUCAGACACAGACAAUACACUGGAUUAGUCACCAAUUGGAUUAUCUUUACCGGGCAUUACAGCGGAUGAAAAUUCUUGAUGACAAUUCAUCGCGAGAUAUGCAGCAAAUUUGAAGAUUUUUGAAAUUCGCUGGUAAACAGAAACCAGUGAUGCUGUUUGAGGAUAAACGACUUCAUAACAAAUUGAUUUGGUCUAGGUCGUCGCGAAACUUGUAAGGAAAAAACUUUAAAAAACCUAGUAUGGCGAUGGUGAUGCCUGGGGUUCCAGUGAGACGUGGCUCAAAGGAGGACGCCAUGCGAAGGGUGCGAAAGAACAUUAGCAGUCAGGUCGAUAAAGUCAAGACUACACAAUGGAAGAUGGACGACCGGAAGUUAGAGAAGGAACUGGGCAUGAUCGAAAAGGAUCGGAUGCGAAUGAAUCGUCAGCUUCAACGGGAGAAAUUCGGACUUGCGAUGGAAUUGCGGGAAAUGAAGAAAGAAGUUGCGGAGGUUAAGAAUGUUAAGAAUGAGUCUUGUGUUGUUGUUGGUGAUGGGUCGCUGGUCAGGUUGAAUCGGCAGAGGUUACGGGAGAGGAGGCUGUCUUUGCCAGUGAAUCUCGUGGCUAGGCCUUCAUCCGCAGCCGUUAGCCUUUUAAGCGAUGGUAGUACCUCUACCACAAACAUCCGGCUAGGAUCGCGGCGGCCAUCUCGUCCAGGGACUUGCGUCUCAAGGAUUGUGCCUCUCAGCACAGAUGACGUCAUCCGUAACAUGGAGCUACACAACGGGCAAGAAGAGAGUGAAGAUGGGCAGAAUGGCGAAAUGUCCGACGCGGACGAUUUGGAGCUUCGACGGAAAUUUGGGUCAGAGUACGGUCGACGGCGGCGCGCAUCAGUAGGUGGCGAGAUGACGCCCAGUGAUGUCAAGCUUCAUUUUAUGAGGCGGAACAGUAUGAAAGACAUUGGUGACUUCCCGAGAGUACAGACUCCUGGUGCAGGGCCUGAGUUUGAUUUCCAAACUGGGCCAAGAUCUCGGUUAGCAUUACGGCGCAAAAGUAUGCCAGAUAUCCAGCGGGCUAGGACAGCCAUCUUACUUGGGACAACACCUAAUUUGGAACCUGUCGGAGAAAUUGAGGACCCCGUAAAGGACCCAAGGUUCAGAAGUUUGAUGGGAUCUCUGACGAAUCAGUUUAAGGACUUGGACACAAGGACUCAGAGACCAAAAAUGGCCGCCGAGGAUAAGUCUUAUGCGUGGCCAGAUACAACAGCGACAUCUGCGGUCAUUGGACUAAACCGAAUGGAUUUUCGUAAAAAGGAGCUGAGAGUUACAGAAAUUGAGCCACCUCAUCGAACUCGACGGUUGUCGUCAGCUUUCUGAGUUUCAAAUUUGAUCUUAAAAGAAAAAGUGAAAUGCAUUUAACAGAUCCCAAAAUAACGCUAGAAUUGGCAAAUAUGGCCAUUUGCAAGUUGAAUGGGACUUACGCGCCUCCAGUGAGCUACUGCAUGUAUAAGUAUGCGACAGCGUUCCUUAUGCACGACUAUUGCACGACAUUUAUCCGAGACGAAUACUUUUAGGAUGUUAUAUAAAACGUACGUUCACCGUCGGGGAAAAUUUUCCGUAUAUUGAUAUCCAGGAGAUCUGAUCACCGUGCUUCCGAGCAGAAGCAUGGCUACAUUGCCGAGCUUUAUAUGGUCGGUCGACCUACUCCCGACAUACGUUCUCAUUGACCGGGAACGAAGUGGGGGUCGCUGGCGCCGAUCUUUAUGUCGGUAUUGUGACGCAAAUGCCUUGGGAAGCCGUGGGUCGUGAUAUUGAUGUAUAUACCAAACAGUGGCACUAUCUGCGUUUAGUGAAUGUAGCUUACCGAUGUCACAAGUCUUCCUGUCUUGCUGACUUUCAAUAAAGUUGUAGUUUACUA